UUGCCGUGGAAAUCUGUACGUAAAAUCGAUUUUGUGGGGUUUCUAGUAGGGGGCUUGUAUUUGGGUAAUCCCGUUCGAGCAGCUACGUCUGUUCAACAUGGAGGAACUGCGAGCGCUGCUGCGAGACGCCGAAGAGGCCCAGCUCCAGACGUUGCAGACAAUAGCUGACGACUCGUCGCAGGUGUGUCGCCUGAAGGACCCCGUGCUGCUACUACUGGACGUGCUGGGCCAAUGCGAGACGCAGGAGACGCGGGUCGAGACUCUUCAAGUGCUGCGUCGCUUGUUCGCGGUGUGUUCCGUCCACUUCUACGAUGCCCAGGCCUUCUUGGAGGUGCCAGUGGGUGCUGAAAGGGGUCAGGACGUCAUCAAGAGAGGGAAUAUCGUACUUAAAUCGUUAUUAGCUACACUACUGACAAUCAGCGCCCAAAAUGAAGUCGACGAGGAAACAGCCCAAGCGCUGGUGGACAUGGUGCGUUCUCUGUGUCUGCAUUCCAUGAGCUCUACAGAUGUGGUGGCCUUGUUCGAUUUUUUACGACAGGGCCAAUCGCCAGCUCGUCGGUGGAUCUUGAAGAUGCAGAAGAACCUGGUGGAAAUGGAUACUAUUCCUCGUGCCAUAUUCACCAUGAGAGGACCCAAUGCUGGGCUGAUUGUGCCGUCCGACCAGUCAUUAUUCACGAGGAGAGGUUAUUCUUUCAGCUUUGGUAUUCAUCUGGAUACUACUACAAAGGGUGUAGCGCUCUACAGCUUCCGAGGACACAAUGGACAAGGUGUAUCGGCCAUGCUGGAUGGUAAAACGUUGGUAGUAAAGAUGGUUGCAGGACAGGGAGUUGUCCAACAUGUUGAGGUGCCGUUUGCAGACUACGUUGAGAAGAUGGAAAGGGAAUGGGUACAUUUGUGCAUUGUGCACACCAAGAAGAUGGUGUUUAAAGACAAACUGACGGUGUACGUGGACGGUAAGAGUGUGUUUAACGGAAAUCUAGGAUACCCGGAUCCGCUGAUGAUGGUGGACGGACGAAAUACUAUUGGAAUUGAACCUCUAGUGGAUGGUCUGAAAGGAAAAUUGUGGAGCCCCGCACUUUUCGGUGUUGCGCUCUCUGAUACAGAAGUGCAAAAGCUGCAUUGGCUAACCCACUGGAAGAAUGAUUUAAACUCGGCCGCGGCUGAAAAUGCAGGGCUCUCAGAUAAAUCCAAAUUUUGCUUUUGUUAUGACGCGCGGAGCUGCUACUUGAGCAAGCGCAUUUGCUUUGAUGUCAGUGGAAAUGACUGUCACGGAUCGCUGGGUCCUGGAACAAGUGCGUAUGUCACUCAAAGUUUCGUUCAUGCACUGGAUUCCGUGGGUGGCUGUGCCUGUUUUCUUCUGCUUUUACUGGACCAGAUCCCCGAGAUGGCAGACUUCCACCCUACUCACGAAUUCGGAAUGGGCGAAAUCUCGGAUCUUCUAGCAUUUGUCGGUGCGGGACUUCGUCAGAGCACGGUCUGCCGUUCUCACUUCGUUCGUCUGCAUGGCGUGAAGGUGGUGGAGUUUAUUUUACAAACGAUUUCUCCGAGCUAUUUGUCGGUUUCUUUACUGGAUGGCGUGGUUUCUAUCUUAGAAGCCAUUACGGAAUGUUUGGAAAGUGAUGAAGAGAUUGUGGAGUAUAUCUACCGCCUGCUCUUCUUCAACACGAGCUGGUUUCUUUCACCGUUUGAAUCACAAAUGAAGCUUUUGGGUGGAAUUCUUCCAAAAUAUUUGCAAAUUCUUCAAAAAGCGAGCUUAAGAGAACAAGGCCGUUUAUCUGACACCGGAUCGCCUCCGUCCGGAAAGCUUGUGGUAUCACGCGCAGCAUCAUUGUCUGAGUUUUCUCGCUCCCUGGAUGCCAAGGACCAAGUAGACGUGAGCUUUUUCUGCCGCUUAAUCUCUCAGGUAUACACACCAGGCUCUUCAUCGGACAAAGAGGGUAUUGCGAGUGGUCAGAUGGACGCGGCGCAAUUGGCAAAAUUACGCGAGCUAGUUCUUCAUAACUUAAUUGAUCUCCUGCUCUUCCCUCCAGUGCAGGACUCAGCGGCUGAUCAAUGGUGUCAGCUUAUCGCUUACAUUUUUCGACAGUGUGAAGAAAGUUCAUCAAUAAAACGUUCUUGUGAUGCGAACAAUGGGGGCAUCGAAGAGAUCUUACAAUACCUGACGCAAAAUCUGGCGUCGACGGAGCUUCGCAAAGGUGCCUUCGGUCUGCCAUCUCGCCAACUGCAAUUGACAACGAAUAUUUUCAAGCUUUCGAAAGGGACAGUGCGUGUUUUGUGGAGACCAAUGCUGUCAACGAACUACAACGUCCGCUUGGCUGCACUACGGUUGUUCGAGUUAUACACAUCUGAGAAGGUUUUAUUGCACAAAAGCGACAUGCUUAUGCUGUACUCGUCGUUUCAAGCUCACACACUCACUGCCGAUGUCGCUGAUCUUCUGCUGGAUAUUGUUGUUGGACGGAAGCGCCAACCACAAGGCAUCUUAAAGUCUUCGGCGGAGGUGCGUACGGGUAGCUUCGCACGGAUGACUUUUAUUCCGCUCGUGUUGCUGGGUCUGAUUCAUAGCGGAAGUUUCGAUGUUCAAGCUCAAGUUCUCGCGGAAAUUAGGGUCCAACUAGCCUCUCCUACAAUGGGAGACAGCGUAAAAGAAGCGAUUCGGUCGUGGCCAUCAUGGAUGAGUCGGCUACGAUCUCUCACGCUUGGGGCGUCCAUUGCAGCAGCGUCGAACAUGAGUCAUGACAUUGAAACAACACGAGAGAGGAGUUUGACGCAAUCAGAGAAACUCAACGAGGCAUGUGGACUUCUCAGUGCUGAGUCAACCUCUGCUUUCUCAAAGCUUGAAGCAGUCCAAAUAAUUGCGAUCUCAGGGGAUGUGUCAGCCUGUGACUUUGCAUUGAGCUUGAUACAAAACCGCAGCCAAAACGAUAUCGUGAUCAGCGCCAUUGUCGAUAUGGUCAUUCAAAAUUAUCCGCAGCGCUGGUGUGAACUUGUUUGCAAGCUUGCCAACCAGAUGAUUGUGGAUAUCGUUGUCUACUGCAUCCUCCACGUGAAAAAUGGGUGGAUGCACUUCCUCGAGUUUUAUUUCGGCCAUUGUCGAACGCCCUCCGUUCUCUGUAGCUUGACAGCUGUAAUCUGCGAGAAUGUUGUGCGUCAAGCAAACCAAAAACACUCGGUGCCUCAGGCUGAGAUCAUUCGGGAGAAUCUCUGUCAAGUCGCCGCGGUUGUCUCCCUGAGCUCACUGGUGGCUACCAAAAUGAGCGAAAAGCUAAACACUAACGAUGUCAUUCUUUCACCAGGUCAGCAGGCAAUUCUUAGUCGCAAAGCACUUGAGCUUUGGCAGAUCGUACUGCCUCAUUUGAGUCGAAUUAACUGGGAUGGCCUUGUUGCCAACCUGGUCCAAAAUGCUGACUAUGGAUCUGGAGUUACGCCCGAAGAAACAGAAAUAUUUACGUAUCUCGUGGCUUCACGGUCACAAUCAAUGGUCUUGGCUUUGCAGGUGACUACUUGGUAUGUGUCGAUCGCUCAGACCAGCGGUACAAGUGAUGUGGAACUAGUUCAAAAGUUCCAUAGCGUACUCGAAGUGUUAAAACUCAUCGCUUCGCUGCCAGUUGCGACAGCUUCUCACCGGUUUAGUGGGCCUCUGUCACCUUUGUCGGGAUCAUCCUCGCCUGGAGUAAUGUCGCCACCGGGAUCGGGAUCGGCAUUACCCGACAUGGGGCUUUCGCUGCCGCUAUCUGGAAUAGCGGACUCUUCAAAAUUCUUCACUGCGCUGCAGGGACAGGAUGCAGCACCCGACAGAGAAUUGGUUCACUUGUAUACAUUGGACGCCUGCUUCACGAUUUUGGAAGGAUCACUCGAAGGAAGCGACAUUGAGACUGUCCGUUUGCUCGUCAAGAUAAUGGUGGCACUUGCUAAUACGGCGUUACACAUGCGUGAUCCCAGCGCGAAGCCGGAGCUAACGAAAACGCUACAGAUUAUGUCGUCGACGGACUUGGUUUUUUACAGUGACUUAUCUCAAUUUCGCGAGCUGUUCAUGUUGUGGAAGCUUCAUCGUGAAAAUCAUCACAGUUGUUGUGACCCAGCAGUUAUCCAAGGUUUUGUUGAUCAAGAAAACGCCGAUUUCAUUCGACGAUGGCUAUACAUCAUGGAACACCAUACCAUGGAAUUCAAUCCGUACCUCAUUCAGCAGCAUGCCAGCUCCCAAGCGGAAAUGCUAGGGAAUGAACUCCAGCAGUGUGAAAUUGUAUGGAAGGAAAUUGUAGAUGAAGAUGAGGCUGCUGAAGCUGCUCGAGCUAACGAGCAAGAUACGACGAGCGAGUCACGUGUUGUUGAACUGAAACGUAGCACUGAGAAAUUUGCGAGUAGUGUGCACAAACUCCUCGCUCAUUCCAGUCAGGCAAGUAGGGCUUCACAAGUUGUAGAGGGUGAAACCUCUGCAAAUGUGUCCGAGGAGGGCAAGACUCAACUUGCUGGUGAUGGAUUUAUUCUCAAAAUCGAUUCGAGGGAGAACAACUUUCGUAUGCGACUGCGCUUGAAGAAGGUGACUGAAGAUUAUCGCGUUCGAAGUUUAAGUUGCGAGUACGCCGCGUCGUCUCUUACAGAUACAGAAAGUAAAGAGAGUGGAAAAAGAAUAACUCGACGAUUCCGUGGAUCAAUUGAAGGAGGCUUGGCCGAUUUGGAGCAUAGUUGGCGAAGUGAUGCCGGAUCAGAUUACAGUGAUUUCCUCGCCGACGCUCAGUUGCGAGCUGCAAUAAUUCGAUCUCUAUCCAACCCUGAAGAAUAUGAAAGCGCAUAUGGUGGAGUAUCCGAUGACGAUGACCUGGACGCACAAGAAAUGGACUUUUACGAUGCUGAUGACGAUGAAGAUUUAUCUCAACUCUCAAGUGGCUCGCAGCAAAAAGAAAUCGAUGCUGAUAGAAAUUUGGCAAAAGUAUCUCCGUCUGGUCAAGUUGAAGCGCUUGCUGAUGAUACAACGCAUUGUUUAGCAACUCCAAUUGCUAUCCCUGAGUCGGCAGAAGCUUAUUCAUCCCCAUCGCCUGUUGUAAAAGCUUCACCGCCUACUAGUGCGUUUUCGUUGGGUGCGUCUGUGUUGACUGUAGUUGGUGGGGUAGCGGAUUAUUUCCAGAAAUCGGUGAAAGAUGCCAAAGACGCCGUCGAAUACGGUGUGGACUCUCUUUAUACAACGAAGGAUGUAGUGUCAGAAGAAGCACAGGUCUUGAUGCAGGAGGUAUCGACGUAUAUCGAUAGCACUUCAGGGAUGGCUGCGGAGAGCACAACUCCGGACGUUCCGUCAUUGGAACUCACUCCGUCGUCUCUCAAAAUGAUGGAGACCAAGCUAACUUCUGGUAAGGUGGAUGAAAGUACACCGAAUCUGUUUCCAGGGCCGUCGAAUACUAGAAAUGUUCGACAAGGUCAUGAAGGUGGGGCGAAACGUGCAAACACAACGUCGAAAGUUGACUUGCUAGUUAAUACUCAGCUCGUGCGCCAUCUUCACGUUGUGGAAGGCAAACUGAUAUUGUCCAAUUCUUCUCUUCGGUUUAUAGCUGAACGAGUGGUUGACGAACAUGAGACUGUCGUUGUCGAGAAGAAGCCUGGGGUGCCUGUGGAUAAAGCAUGGAGGUUUCUCUUCAAACGUCGUCGAUGGAAGAUUGAUGACAUUGUGGGUAUCUACCGUCGACGAUAUUUGCUGAAGCCGACGGCAUUGGAGUUAUUCAUUCAAUCCACAAGGAAAAACUUCUUUUUUAAUCUGACGUCGGAGGAUGUGGUACUUUUCCACGAGGCGCUUAUGACGCGUAGGCCGCUUUUGCUGAAACGAGACCCGAAUGUUCGAAGACUGCGUCAUCCGAGCAGUUUGUUUCGUAAUUCUCCUAUGAGCACCCGCUGGAUUCAGCACGAAAUCUCCACUUUUGAGUAUAUCAUGUGGCUGAAUACGAUCGCUGGCCGGACUUACAAUGAUCUCACGCAGUAUCCUGUCUUCCCAUGGAUCAUCUCCGACUAUGAGUCGGCAACGCUGGAUCUCAGCCGAAGAGGAGCUUACAGGGACUUAUCCAAGCCAAUGGGGGCGUUAGAACCAAGCCGUCUGAAGUUUUUUGUGGAUCGCUACCAUGCGUUUGAAGACCCAGACAUCCCUAAGUUUAUGCAAGUUUAUUACCCUUUGUUAUUUGUAUUCAUCGGCUUACGUAAUGCUUUUUGAAAUGUAGGUAUGGGACCCACUACUCCAACAUCGGCGCAGUGCUCUACUAUCUCAUCCGAUUGGAACCUUUCACAUCUUACGCACUGAGCAUCCAGGGAGGCAAGUUUGAUCAUGCGGAUCGCUUGUUUCAUUCGGUUGCAGAGACCUGGAAUAACUGCCUCACAGACUACACUGACUUGAAGGAGUUGACUCCUGAAUGGUUUUACCUGCCGGAGUUCUUGGUGAACUGUAAUGGUCUCGAACUGGGGACGCGACAAAACGGUGUGGAUGUUAAUGAUGUUGUGCUCCCUCCUUGGGCACGCUCGCCAGAAGAUUUUGUGGUGAAAAAUCUUGUGGCCCUGGAAAGCGAGUACGUAUCUGCCAACAUUCAUCAUUGGGUCGACUUGGUGUUUGGUUGUAAACAGCGUGGAGCAGCGGCUGUAGAGGCUAACAACGUGUUCUUCUACCUCACUUACGAGGGCAUGGUUGAUGUCGAUUCCAUCACUGACCCGAUUAUCAAGUCGUCAAUGCAGUCUCAAAUUGCUCAUUUCGGACAAACGCCCACCCAAGUGCUUCGGGAACCUCAUCCCAAGCGCUGUUCUCUUGGAGCUGUAACGGGAAAUCCCGCACCCCUGGAGAAAUUGUCACCGCCGUCGUCUGAGCUCAACUGCACAGUGUUAAGCGUCCCUCAUGAGGCCCCCAUUGUACUGGUUAAACUGAUUCCAGGCUCUUCACUCAUUGCCUGUGUUGAUAGCAAUGGCAUGUUCUCUUCUCACCGAUUCGGACCCAAGCUGUCGAAAUCGCAGCAGCCUUCUAGCAAGGCUAAAGGAGUGACGUCUAGUUCGAGUUCUGGUGGCGAUCAAUCGAGCGAAUUCAUCGAGCUUCAAGAUCGCAAGAGCCGAAAAGUGCUUGGCGACAAGCGCUCCGUGUCUAACCAGCUGGAUGUCUCCAACUCAAUCGCUUUUCUUCACGGGGGUAUGGUGAUUUGCACCGUGGGUCAUCAUGACUUUUCUGCUCGUUUCCACUCGACAGCGGACGGCGCGCUACUGUAUCGGUUGUUGCAGCACCAAUCUGUAGUAUCCUGUGUAAGCACUAGCAACUUGGGUACGAUGCUAGCUCUUGGUUGUACCGAUGGCACGAUAUCUGUAUGGAAAGUGGCAAGCAUGAACUCGACAUUGCUGGACUCGUUCAAGAUAUUCCGAGGAUCAAGAGUGAGCUCUAAACCUGUUCACGCCAACGAUUACUCAGCUGACCAAGUGCUGCUGGGACACAAUGCUCAGAUUAACUGCGUGAGUGCAUCUGACGAGUUAGGCGUCUGUGUUAGCGGAUCUGCGUCCAAUGAGUGCUUGGUACACGACCUGGAAGACGGCUCGAUUCUCCAUUCUUACGAUGUACCUGGCCACCUCGAGCCUGGAGUGAUUUCACUUGCUUUAUCCAACGUGGGUCACGUCGUGCUGCAGUCUAUGGGCACUGGGACUCCAAUACUGUAUUCAUUUCACUUGAACGGCACGUUGAUGGGUCAGCUCUCGCUGGGUGACCGUCCCAUGACGUCGUUGAGUGUAUGCGCACGCUACUCGAAGAUGGUUGUAAGCAACAGCACGAAAGCACUGGUGAUGAGUGCGCACACACUUGACGAUCAACGUGUACUACUCGAGCAAGAUACCUAUGGCGAAAUUUCUUCUCAAGGACUGGCACCUGAUGAAAUGCACGCAGUGUUUGGCGUUGGCAGCGGUAAGAUCGUAUGUCUCCCGCUUUUGCCACCGCAAUCGCCACUGCACCGCACGGAAAUAUAGGAGGUAUAUCGAACAUAUAUUGGUUUUUGAAAAUCUAUGGCUCAUUCCUCCAUCUCCACGUCUUGCUGUCCUACCGUC